CUGGCCGACUAGUUUAAGUGGCAAGUGAGUAUCGAUAUCAAAAUUCGAUACUCUCACGGUCGAUCGAUAUUAGAAUCGUUCCUCGCGCCCGCGAGAGAUUUCGAAAACUUGGCUUUCUCUCUAAAUUAGUUUGAGUGAAAAAAUGUCCAACAUUUUGUACCACGUAUGUACAUGCAAUGCCAACAACCUUUCCUGUAACAUAAUUUACAAUAUUGUAAAUUAAAAGUUCAACUUACGUAGAAUCAAUAAUUAUCAAUAAUUACGUGACAAGAACGUUACGUGUCCUUUUCGAGUGAUUAUUUAGCGCAAGUAAGGAUAGAGGAAUCGCGCGCGCGCGCGCGCGCGCGAUUGCGGCCACCCCAUGUAUUGUAAAAGCUCAAACACCGAUCAAUAAGUAGAGGCGGACUGUUUUGUCAGGCAACGCGGCGCAACGUAAAACGUAACGCUCCGCUACGCGGAGCUUGUUCGCAAGGCGUUCGCGUGUGGAUGUGGAUGUGGAUGAGAUGCUUCGGUAAUUGCCGAAAGCGUGUCAGCGGCUUUAAUCGAAAGUUGACUAAUUUCUCAAGGCAGCUAAUUGGAGGAUUAAAAGGGAGAAAGAAUUUUAGAGCGGCAAUGGCAUCGCUCGAGGACAGUUGGAAGGAAGCUACGGAGGGCCUGGACGCCGCGGUCUGCGACUCCUGGUUCACGCGCCUGCAAGAGCUCUAUUCCGAGGAGAAACGCACGUACCAUAAUCUCGACUCGCUUAGGGAGAAGCUCAAUCACUAUUACGAAAUCAAAAGCAAUCUGAAAAAUCCGCGAGCUGUCCUGCUUGCCAUAUUCUUUCAAAACUUCGAAUAUGAUCCUAAAGCCUUGGUCUUUAGCGAGGACAAGAAUCUCGAGCAUUUCAACGCUUUCGCUGACGAGGCCGAAAUUCCGUCGGACGCGGAGCUCAGGGAAGAGACUUGUGCUCUGCUCAAAGUAGCGGCGACUCACAGUACCGAGGCGCACAAGGUAGGUGGUGCCUUUGGCAGCGAGGACGCUCACUACUUUCUCGACCUGGAUAUGGCGGUACUCGGUUCCCCUCCGGAUAGUUACUCCGAGUACAGAGAGCGAAUACGCGGGGAAUACUCUUUCCUCAGCGAGCCCAUGUACACGGCGCUACGGCUCAAGGUGUUGCAGAACUUUCUACAGAUCCCAAACAUCUUUGCCACCGUACAAUUUCGUGACAAGCUGGAGGAGCAGGCGCGUCAGAACAUCCAAGCGGAGGUGGAGAUGCUGUCUUAGAGACGCAAACGGUGCAAAGAGUUUUAGACGCCUACCUCACACAGACACGCACUCGUCAUCGGUUCUGCAGAAACGUUAAAUUAUUAAACGCGAAAUGUGCAAAAUGUGAAUCUCUUGUGACCGAAGGAUGGCUAUUAAAUUAUUCGCUUGGCAGGUUUUCCUAAGCAUGUAACAGUCCAUAUAAUUGUUUACGCACAAUCGUUAAUCACACUGUCCGUUCUGCAUAAAUAUUCUCAGCUGACUUGUUGCAAGUUUUCGUUCAACUUCAAUUCGAUUAACGACGUUUGAAUUGAUAAAUAUACUUGUAAUUUGUGUAAUGUGUAGACGAUGGAAAGAUGAAAGAAUUAUAGAUAUUAUAUAAUUAUAUAAAUAAUGAAUAUAUGUACAUAUGUGUAUUAUUUCGAAAACUAGUGAUACUUUAGGUUAAUAUACAUAUUUUGUCUUUCUUUCUCUUGUGAUCUGGCACGUUGAAAUUUGGAUAAUAAUGACCGGUUCAGCGUGCCAACUUAGGAUUUGUGAAUGGAAUUGACGUACCGAUAAAUGUAAUGUCAGUAUAUUUUAGGAGAGCGUAUGUUCACUGCGCUAUUGUGAAAACAGAUGAAUUUGCGUUCAUGAGAAUCUUUCGAAACAGUGGAACGCGAUCAGGGUGCGUUACUCGGAAAUCUCUGAUGAAUCUCCAAAGAUUUCACACGAAUCCGAGAAGAUGCUACUUUCUGCAUCGCGUUCACAUUUUACGCGAGUUAAAAGUCGGUUACCGCCGAGAGAGAGAGAUGUUAACAAAAAGAGGGCGUUGUUAAGCGGUAAAUUGCUGGUGGAAAUAUUGCAAAUAUUAAAUAUGAUGUACAAUGAAAAUAAAGAUGAUUAUUAAGUA